UCUCGUCUGAGAUCCAAAGCUACUUUGUAAUAGUGUUCUUUAAUAACAUAUAUACGUCUUUAUUUUAUUUUUAUCACAUUCCUAGGCAUGGGUCUUAUGCGGUUAUCUUCUUCAUUGCUUUUCAAUGUAAAGAGUUUUACCAAAUUGAUCUCCAUUCGCAACAGCAAUUAUCAAAGGGAUGUGCCAAAAGGUCACCUAGCGGUGUAUGUUGGUGAAAAUCAAAAGAGGCGGUUUGUGGUCCCCGUUUCAUACUUGGAACAACCGUUAUUUCAAGAGUUGUUGCGUCAGUCGGAGGAAGAAUUUGGGUUUGAUCAUCCAAUGGGAGGCCUAACUAUUUCAUGCGAAGAAGAUCAAUUUUUUGAGCUCACUUCCCUAUUGCAUGCUUAAUGAUAUUUUGUAGACCAACAAUUUGUCUUCAUUUCUUUUGAGGUGUAUAUGUGACGUUAAUGACAACAAACAUAUUAUUAGUA